CUCGCUUUAAGCUACAUGACUAAGGAGGAGAGGACGCGCUGAGGGUCAAUUUCGGAGGAUUUAGGACUGUUUCAAAACAAGUGUCGCAACUUUUCCUUCCUUGUUCCCCCUCGAAGACGCGCCCGCUUGGACUCUGCCGGUUUACCGCAAAAAGGUGGGCUUACCCCACGUUUGAAUUACCAAGCUUGAAUCAAUCCGAAACUCAGUUUGUGUGACCUGUAGCGGCUGCGGUAGCGCCUGUUGGAUCAGAUUUCCCCUCAGACUGGGUAGCGACUCAAACAUUAAGGAUGUAUCGGAGCUUUGGAAAUCCAGGAAGAGGCAACCCGAUGUACACGAACAGCAACACCGGGUCAGGCGCUGCGUCUCAGGGUACCAGCACCCCCACCACACAGCAGGAGCAGAAAUUCACCAUGGCAGGCAGCAGUCAAUUUGUGCCAAGUCUCAAUGCCAUCACAAGCAACCAAGAUCUCCAGUGGCUGGUCCAGCCCUCCCUGAUGGCUCCGCCAGGCCCCUCACGGUCUCCACGGCCUCCUUACCCUCCUUUGUCAGGGGCCCGGCCCAUGUCUCACUCUCCCUCCCAGCCACAUUUUUUGCGCCCAGGGGUCAUAAGAGCAGCUGCAAAUUCUCCAGGGUCAACAAGACGCAGGAAUGAUGAGCAUUUAUCAUCAGAAGAGCUGGAGAGACGGAGGAUAAGGAGAGAGCGGAAUAAACUGGCAGCUGCGAAGUGUCGUAAUCGUCGUCGGGAGCUGACAGACACACUGCAAAAUGAGACUGACCAGUUGGAAGGUGAAAAAUCCCGUUUACAGAAGGAAAUUGCCGAACUGCAAAAAGAGAAAGACAAGCUGGAGCUGGUCCUGGAAGCCCACCGUCCCAUUUGUAAAAUUGAGGACUCUGAUUCGGAUUCAGACCCGCACCCGGCGCUGUCCUCCUUGGGUGGAAUCAAAAUGGAACAGGGGGACUCCAGCCGACCUGGGCCCUCGAAGAAACCCCAAAUGAAGCAGGAAAGACCCAAACCGCACAUUACACUCCCCGCCAAGCCCGUGGCAUCAUCUGCCUCCGCUGUUGCACCUGAAUCAGAGUCACUACACACCCCAAUUCUCAUGUCCACCCCGUCCCUUACUCCUCUCACAGCCAGCUUGGUUUUCACCUACCCCUCUGCCUCUUUAGACACCAGUGCCUCUGUCCCAUCCCAAACUACUUCACAGUCCUCUUUGAACCAGGAUAGUGCUCAGCAGUCUCGAAACCCCGAGCCCUGUGGCAUCGCCCAUCGCCGCAGCAGCAGCAGCGGUGACCAGUCAGAUCACUCCCUGCACUCCCCGACUAUCCUCACACUGUGAUUGACAGCCCGUGUCAUCUGGCCAAACACUAACAGUCCUGACGUAGUCAUACUGAAAUGACAGAAGGAACUCUGGGAAACAUGACGGCAUUGAACAGGAUGAUUGUGAUAGCAUUUCAAAACUAAAUAUUUCUAGCUGAAUGAAUCUACUGCAUUUAAUCUUUGUUACUAUGUUGACACAGCUCUUAGGUAAUAUGCAAAAUUGUGGCAUUAUCAGGAUAUGAUUGUUACACUCUUUUUACAUAACAUUUGAUAGAUGUGUGUUCUAUAUUUAUAAUUUAAGAGCCUAUGAGGAAGUUACAUAAACUUUUUCAGGAAAUAAUGAUAAUUCAACAUGAUAAUAACAUAGAAACUGAAUGGGAAAUUGAAGCCAUUUCUAUGGAUAAAACAUACAACCAUGUUACAUUGUUAUAUCAUGUUAUAUAAGACUUUAUAAAUGUCCUCACUAUGCAAAAUAAUGUACUUACAAAUAUGCUGUUCUUAAUUUUAUAAGAAUUCUUGGAGAAUCUUAACAUUAUCUAUGCAAAUUAUAGACCACUAAGGCUGGGCCGUAGGAGUUAAUAUUGAUUAUAUAAUCAUCUAUUUAUUUUAGAGAGUGCAAUAUAUUUUUGAUAAUGUGUGUUUUGUUUUUUUCUCUCUGACUAAUGACUUGUUUUGGUGGGCAGUGCCUUACUUUUAUCUUCAAAGCCGUUCUAUUUCAGAGAAAAUAAAGAACAAAGGUUGAGAACUGUGUGCAGGUUGUGAUGAU